UGGUAUCAGAGCAGGUUUAGAACCUACUAUUUUUGCUUCCCCGGCGGGCGGCAACCUCACCUUAGCCGUCCGCCGGACCUCAACCUAGUCCGCCGGACCUCUACACAUACCUUCACUCCGCUGCCACAUUUCUUGCUGCUGGAGUUUUGUACUCAUCCAAAUUCAUGAUCAUCUCCAUUGCCUUGAUGCUGAUCGUGCCCUUUCUCUGCACACCAACAACAUCGUCUGAAUCUAAAUCUGAAGGUGCUUUUAUCAAGAAGACCAUCUCUUCCCACUCCAUCGUCAUCUUCUCCAAGUCCUACUGCCCGUAUUGUAAAAGGGCAAAAGCUGUCUUCAAAGAGUUGAACCAAACACCACAUGUUAUUGAGCUUGAUCAGAGAGAAGAUGGGUGGAACAUUCAGGAUGCCCUGAGUUUUGUUACUCUCAGGCGUACUGUACCACAGGUGUUCAUUAAUGGAAAACACAUUGGAGGCUCAGAUGAUACUGUUGAAGCGUAUGAGAGUGGAGAACUAGCAAAGCUUUUAGGUGUUUCUGCACAGUUUAAGGAUGAUCUUUAAGCCAAGAAUCCAGUCUCCAUGUGAUUUAUUCUCUUACUUCUGUAUGCAAUGGUCGGAAUAAUCAUGUCGGCUCCAGCAACAAGAAAGGGCAGACUGCAUUACCCUUUUCUCUCACCCAUGUGACCCAACUUUUGUCUCCCUCUUUUCAUUUCUUUAUUUUUUUUUUUCUUUUACUCACCCAUGUGACCCACGAUGUUCCCACCUACACUUUUUCUUUUCAUUACACUCUUGUUCCCCCCUUUCUUUAUUAUAUAUAUAUAUAUAUAUAUAUCUCUUUUUAUUAUAUUAUAUUAAAAAUAAAAAAAAAAAAUAUCUUCAUCUCUCCUCCGUUUGAUU